AGAAAAUUAAAAAAAUCCCUUCUUUAUCCUUUUCCAGCUAGCCAAGCUCCGCAGAGCCCGGUUUCCGGUCACUCCUCUCCCGGUUCAUGUUCAGGGGAGUUGAUCAUCGAUUCCCUGAAACCUGAACUGCAUUUGCUGGACUUUGAGAUAAUCGACCAUGUUCUCGCAGUUCGGAGCUACGGCGGAUUCACUGAGUAAAGCCUCAACAUUGGCGUUUCGGAUCGGCACGGAUGCUCACCUUUACGAUGACCCUGAUGACGUCAAUAUCGCCCCGCUUCUCGAGAGCAAAUUCGACUCUGAGAAAUGCGAAGCUCUCAAGCGAUUGCUUGCACUCAUUGCUCAAGGUUUUGAUGUCUCCAAUUUCUUCCCUCAGGUGGUGAAAAUGGUGGCAUCACAAUCACUAGAAGUCAAGAAGCUGGCGUACUUGUAUCUAUUGCAUUAUGCCGAGAAGUACGGACUUGCACUAUUCUAGGCCUUCUAAGUAGUUCUAACGACUGUGGAGUUGCCUACAAAUGCCCAAAUGAGGCACUGCUCUCGAUAAACUGUUUCCAGAAGGAUUUGGGGGAUCCAAACCCGUUAGUCAGGGCUUGGGCACUUCGUACCAUGGCAGGAAUCCGUCUACAUAUGAUUGCACCAAUUGUUUUGGUGGCGACAAGGAAGUGUGCCAGAGAUCCAUCUAUAUAUGUUAGAAAGUGCGCUGCAAAUGCACUCCCAAAGUUGCAUGAUUUGCAAUUAGAAGAAAAUAAAAGCACAAUUGAAGAGAUUGUGGGGGUACUGCUGAAUGAUAAUGCUCCUACAGUAGUUGGAGCAGCUGCUGCCGCAUUUGCUUCUGUUUCUCCAAACAAUCUCUUCUUGAUUGGGAAAAACUUCAGAAAAUUGUGUGAGACUCUGCCUGAUGUGGAGGAAUGGGGCCAGAUUGUUCUGAUAGGGAUCCUUUUACGAUAUGCUAUAGCUUUCCAUGGGCUCGUUGAAGAAUCCAUAAUGAUGGGUGCUUGUUCUUCCAAGGACUAUAGUUCUGAAAAAGAGAAAUCAAGUCCCUCGUUUAUAAUGAGAGAGAGCACUGAUGGCUUGGGAAAUAACGUGGUUUGUGAUUCCGAGAUGGCAAAUAUAGUUGUGAGGAGUUAUCUUGAAGGACCAGACAAAUACUUGUCUAGAUCUAGUUUGGAGAAGGCUUGCUCUGACUUGGACCCUUCCUGCUUCACCUCUGCCAAAGAUAAUGAUGAUGUGAAGAUUCUCUUGCAAUGUACCUCACCUCUGCUGUGGAGUAGAAAUAGUGCAGUAGUACUUGCUGCUGCUGGGGUACACUGGAUAAUGGCACCAAAAGGGGAACUUGGAAGAAUUGUUAAACCUUUGUUAUUUCUCCUGAGAUCAUCUAAUGCGUCUAGAUAUGUGGUGCUUUGCAACAUUCAAGUGUUUGCUAAAACAAUGCCAUCUCUCUUUCUGUCACAUUUUGAAGACUUCUUCAUAAGCCCUACAGAUUCAUAUCAGAUAAAGUUUUUGAAACUUGAAAUACUAUCUCUGAUUGCUACAGAAUCAUCAACGCCCUCAAUAUUUCAAGAGUUCCAGGAUUAUGUUAGAGAUCCAGACAGAAGAUUUGCUGCAGAUUCUGUUGCUGCAAUUGGUCUAUGUGCCCAACGACUACCAAAUAUAGCCAACACAUGUGUGGAGGGGCUAUUGACAUUGAUUUCAUCAGAAAUCUCAAACCUUAAAAUGGAACAUUUGGAAGGAGAAGAACUGAUUUUGAUCCAAGCAAUAAAUUCUCUCAAGACUAUCAUAAAACACAAUCCUUCUUCCCAUGAGAAGGUAAUUAUUCAUUUGGUUAGAAUGUUAGAUUCCAUCCGGGUGCCAAAAGCACGGGCAACGAUCAUAUGGAUAUUUGGAGAGUAUAGCAACGUUGGGCAUAUUAUCCCUAUGAUUUUAUCAACAGUUCUCAAGUAUCUUGCAUGGUGUUUUACUUCAGAAGCUCUUGAAACAAAGCUGCAGAUUAUUAAUGCUUGUGUCAAGGAAACAUCAUAUUACUACAAAUUAACCUCAAUGUCAGUGGUGGCUCACUCAACUGCAUACUCAAUGCCGCUACAUAUGAAGAAUAAUGUCAUAUACUUAUUUAUUUUUAAGUGCCUACAAUUGAAGGGCAAUAUGGAACUUUUACUUGAAGUGGUUGUAUUGCGUGCAAAGGGCGAAAAUAUGUUGAGCUUUAGAAGAAUUUUAAACUAUAUUCUGGAACUAGCCAAAUGUGACUUGAAUUAUGACCUCCGUGAUCGUUCACGGUUCAUAAUUAAACUCCUCCCUGACAUGGAUGAAGCAAACUGCCAACCAAGAACUGCAAGCCCACUGCAUUUGCUUGCUGAACACUUAUUUAUGGGACAGACAAAAUCAGCAGCUGGAGAGCCCUUAACUUAUCAGUUUUAUCUACCUGGAUCUCUCUCACAUAUGGUUCUUCAUGCAGCUCCUGGAUAUGAACCUCUUCCACAGCCUCAGAGUUUAAUUUACACUGAUACCAGUGGUCAUUCAUCGCAUGAUACCCAGAGGGAUUCAUAUGAAGAAGAUGAUCCUAACUCCGAUUCUGGAUCAUUAGAUGAUGAAAGUGUAUCAGGUUACAGUUCUCAGGAUUUUCCAACUAGUGCCAGUGGGGCAAAUCCAUUGAGUGAUCAUGAUGAAAAUCCCAAUCCGUUGAUUCUCCUUUCAGACUUUGGCAAUGACCAUAGAAAUGAAAUAGGCAGAUCAAGAAAGAGUGCUGAUUGUUCUAAUUCCAAUGAAGUUAGUGAACUGCUGUCUAAUAGAUCUCUAGAGUCAUGGUUGAAUGAUAAUCCUGCAUCUGUCCAGGAUUCAUCUGACAUAAGCUAUGUCCAUCAAUCAUUUGCAAGAAUUUCGAUUGGAGAUAUAGGUAGCAGAGUCAAGCCUAAAUCUUAUACCUUGCUCGAUCCUGCUAAUGGAAGUGGCUUGAGUGUUGAUUAUAUGUUUUCAACGGCGAUUUCAAGCAAACCUCAAGUAUUUGUCUGCGUCGAGCUUUGCUUCAAAAAUUGUUCAACAGAGCCUAUGUCAAAUUUGUUGUUGGUUGAAGAGGGGUCUAACGGAAGUACAGAACCUACAGAUCAAACGGUAGCAUCUAGCUCCUUAGACCAUACUAAGGUGUCAUCUGCUGUCCCUAUGGAAGUGAUUGCUCUCCUGGAGCCUGGUCAGACCUCAAAAAGAACCCUCGAGGUCCACUUCCACCAUCAUCUAUUGCCUCUUAAGUUCACUUUAUGGUGUGAUGGCAAGAAGCAUACUGUGAAGUUGAGACCUGACAUUGGAUAUUUUGUAAGACCUCUUCCAAUAGACACUGAAAUAUUCUUGAGUAAGGAGUCUCAGCUGCCUGGGAUGUUUGAGUAUGUAAGGAGAUGUUCAUUCACCGACCACAUGGAAGAACUUAAAGUAGUUGCGGGCCCAGCCACAAAAGACAGCUUUGUUGUAAUAUGUGAGGCUUUGGUAUUGAAGGUCCUUAGUAAUGCAAGCCUUUUUCUUGUAUCCGUGGAUAUGCCUGUUGGGACCAACCUUGAUGAUGUAACAGGGUUAAGGUUAAGAUUCAGUGGUGAGAUACUAAGCAACUCAUUCCCGUGCUUACUUACUAUUACCAUCGAUGAAGGUAAAUGUCAUGAACCACUGACAGCAUCGCUAAAAGUCAAUUGUGAGGAAACAGUCUUUGGCCUGAAUUUGUUGAAUAGGGUUGUGAGUUUUUUGGCUGAACCCACCAGAUGUUGAAACCUAGUUCUAAUGUGUCUUGAGAACUCUUUACAGAUAUAAGUAAAGCAUGUACUAUCAUAUAUAGGCUUGUCACUGUUCAGUACAUCUGCUUUGGAUGGCUAAGGACAAGCAAAAGCAUUGUUGUGAGUUCAUUUUUGUUUUGCCAUUUUUUUUUUGUAAAAAGUGAUAUUUCUUUAUUUUGAGCAUCUUAAUAUAAUAUUGUUGAGCUUUUAUCUUUCUUUUAU